AGUGCAGCGUAUGAGUAGCAAUGGUACACACAUUGUGUGCUAUUGUAUGCUAUAUGUGUUCAGCUAACAAAUGUCAACAAUCGACUACUGAUAUGUGUUUGUAUGGUUUCAAUUUCUUCAAUGAGUCUUCGGCGAAACUGGGCUAAUUAAUGGGUUGCUAUAUGCAAACAAAAACAUUAUUCAAAUAGAUAAUUGUGCCAAAAAUGUGCGGGGAAAGAGGUCAUAUUGAAAUGAUAUUGUUCAAAACCUAACCUUACUUACUUUUGUGUGAUAUCAAUAGAAAGAGCAAUUGAAAGAACAUAAUCGUGUGUGGUAUUUGACUUUGGCACAUUGAUCGGUGAACGGUUUUCUGAAGAAAAAACGGAAACGAUCAGAAUAACUGGAAAUAAUGUGUAAAAUAGUCAAAAUCGUUGAGAGAUUAACGUCUGGCUACAUUCAACGUUUCUCCCAACAGACGUAACAGUAAAACAAUGGCAAUGCAACAAAUGUUUGCGCUGCAUUCGAUUCGCAUGGAAUUCGUGUGUGCAAACCGAUAAAUGCAACGGUCGUAUAUUUAUAAACUCAGAUAAGCAUUCAAUGGUGGCUAUGAAUAAAUGCUUUUAUUGUGGGUUUUUGUGACGUGAUUAUAAUGGGAUGCAACGUAAUAAAAUCCAAUAAAGUCGAUUUGCAUUUAAACCGAAUAAAUUGAACGAAAGAAUUUCCACCCAUUCCCAUUUUAUACUACAAUGAGUUGAAGAGAAUAUCGGCCGAAAGCAACAACAUGAAAAUUAAUGCAUUUCAAAUUGAGCGUGUGUGUAUGAUGAGCUCAUAUAUGCGCGUGUAUGUGUGCGUUUGUGCUUUUGCCGUCGGGCAAAAUAUGAGUUUAUCGUUAUUAGUGCACUUUUGAACAUUGUUCAGUUUCUUAUCGCUUAAUUGCUUGCUUUGAUUGUACAUUGUACAACUCGCAAUCAUCGGGUGGUAAUGAUGCACAACACUGCGCUGAGAGAGCAGUCGAACACGACCUAACUGAUAGUACAAACUUUAUAGUUGUGAACAAAUCGAAACGAGUUAGUUCAUUAUCUGCUUAUCACGAUUUUCUUCUAAUGGUCUUUGUACACAUUAUCUCUGACUAAUGUCCAUGCUUCUAAUCUCCAGCCAAUGCUUCUUGGUAUUAUGUUAUAUCAUUGUUUGACAAACUGUCACAUAUGGGCGCAAGUGUGUUUGUCUCCGUGUAAAUUGGAAUAUAAUCGCACCACUCAUACGGCUGCCAAAGCCAAACCAUAUGUGACUGUUGGCUCAUAUGCCCACACAUAUGAGUGUGUCUCGCUUUUUCUCUUUCUCCUUUUCGUUCAGUACUUUUGAGCAUUUCAUCAAAUAUUGUCACUUUUCAAAUCAGUUGCUUUUCUCCAGUCUCGAUCCACACUUCAAACGGUUCACUGAUUUGUAUUUUUUUUCCCUCUGUGAUCUGAGUGCGCCUUACAUUUCUUGUUAUUCAAGACUGAUUGAUUUUGGUUUUUCAUUUAAUUUAUGCUUACUUGAUCUGACAACGACACAUCAGUUCAGUUAUCUUUUUCACGAUAAUUGUAAGUUUUAUUUUUGUAAUUUCUUCAAACAUUGUACCGACCAUUGGGUAAAAUCUUAUCAAAAUGUGUGAUAAUCAUCGCGAGUAUUCAUUUGAUAAGCCAUUUGCAACAAUUAUUUCAUUUUACAAUAAACGAUGGAAUCCGUGUUGAAAUAUCGUGAGCUAAGUAAAUGUAUGGAGUUGUGCAAAAUGAGUUCACCGUAUACAUUCAUACCGACAAAUUAACGAAAAGUUUACCUUUGUAAAGCUUCAUUCCGUACAAUGCCCAUAUGAAGAUCGCCCACAUUUUUGUAAUCAAAAAGAAUAAGAGUAGAAAUUUAUUUGCCAAAUUUUACUGUGAAAUCAUACGAACAGAUACGUUUAGUGUUUAAAAGUGUGUGAGAGCUUUGUUCAAUGGAUGUGAUUUUGAGGCUUACGAUAAUGUUAACCCACAGAAAAGGAACUGCCUCUAUGCCGGCAGUGGUUACUUUUAGAUUAAACAUUUAUUGGUGUUUAGUACUUUUUAGAUUGCAUUGUGGUUUCAAAGUGUUAAUUACGACAAUGAACUUCAUAACCAACAUUGGGGUCAUAUCCUGUGCAAACCGAAAAAUUAUUAUCAAAUAAUUCUAAAAUAUUCGACCAGAAAAAAACCACAACGUACACAUUUUGUUUGACAAACAAACGACAGAAACAGAAUAAUUAACAAAAGCUGUCCAACGAAAUGUAUAGUCCAGACUACGAGAAACGCGUUUUGAAAUAUUGUAGUCCGGUCGCUCGAAAUUUAUUCAAUAGACAAGAGUCCGAAGAAAGUGCAUCAUUCGAUCGAUUCAUACCGUGCAGGGCAAAUAACAAUUGGCAAACAAAUUAUGCAUCGAUAACGAAAACAAAUGAAAAUUCGUCACAAACAACGAAGAAGCAACGCGAUUGCGGCGAAACAGCUCGUGAUAGUUUAGCCUAUUCAUGUUUGUUGAAAAAUGAAUUGCUGGGCAAUGGCAUCGAAGACGUUAAAACGGUAGCUGACGAUCGCAACGAAAAUGUGUCUUGCAGUGCAAAACGUGGACUCUUCAAAUAUCAAUCGCCAACCAAACAGGACUACAACGAGCAAUGCCCCUAUUCACUGUCACCCGUUAGUGCGAAAAGCCAGAAAUUGUUGCGAUCGCCACGGAAAGCAACACGGAAAAUAUCACGGAUACCAUUUAAAGUGCUCGACGCGCCCGAACUACAAGAUGAUUUCUAUUUGAAUUUGGUGGAUUGGUCGGCACAAAAUGUACUUGCCGUCGGAUUAGGUAGCUGUGUUUACUUAUGGAGUGCUUGUACGAGUCAAGUGACUCGAUUAUGUGAUUUGAGCACAGAUGGGAACUCGGUGACGUCAGUGUCGUGGAAUGAACGCGGGAACCAAGUUGCGGUUGGAACCCAUCAUGGCUACGUCACCGUUUGGGACGUAGCUGCGAAUAAACAGAUAAAUAAGCUGACAGGACAUUCGGCUCGGGUGGGCGCCUUAGCAUAUAAUGGUGAUAUUUUGUCGAGCGGGUCUCGGGAUCGACUGAUCAUGCAACGUGACACUCGUGCACCAGCCUUAGUGUCUGAGCGGCGGUUAACCGGACAUCGCCAAGAAGUGUGUGGUUUGAAAUGGUCACCGGACAAUCAAUACCUCGCAUCGGGUGGCAACGACAAUAAGCUGUACGUUUGGAAUUUGCACUCACUGAAUCCAGUACAAUCGUAUUCAGAACAUAUGGCUGCAGUGAAAGCAAUCGCCUGGUCGCCCCACCACCACGGACUAUUAGCUAGCGGCGGCGGUACGGCCGAUCGAUGUAUUAGGUUUUGGAAUACGCUGACAGCGCAGCCGCUGCAAAGCGUCGACACAGGAUCGCAAGUUUGCAACUUAGCUUGGUCCAAACAUUCUUCGGAAUUGGUUUCAACGCACGGCUAUUCGCAAAAUCAGAUUCUCGUGUGGAAAUACCCAUCAUUGACUCAAGUGGCCAAACUGACCGGUCAUUCAUACAGGGUUCUCUACUUAGCUUUGAGUCCCGACGGUGAAGCUAUUGUAACAGGAGCCGGUGAUGAGACUCUUCGGUUUUGGAAUGUGUUCAGCAAAGCGCGUAGCCAAAAAGAGAACAAAAGUGUUUUGAAUUUGUUUUCAAAUAUUCGAUAAACGACUUUUCGUUCCAUUCGCAUAGAAGUAUACAGUUUUCGUGUGUAUGAGCUUUAUUUAAUAUAGAAUCGAAUCGAAUCGAGUUGUUCACCUAUCUUCUUUUUCUCUCUCCCUCUUUCGAAAUGAGCCUAUCAUUUCGAAAGAAAUCAGAACUGAAUGUACAACAUUGCGUACAUUGAUGUUGGAGCUAAACUAGUCGUUUAUCAACUAAUUUUUUUUUCAUGCCACAUUGCUGCUUAUAGCACAUUUGUGCUGUCUGCGGAGUUUACAAACAGCAGCACAAUGAAGCUAACGCGCCAUUCCAUUUGAGUUUAACAAAAUGCAUUUUUAUUUAAAAAACGACAUGAAUCAUUUGCCUCUCAUCAUUAUUAAUUUACGCCCUAUAGUUUUAAUGCUAGGCUUCAUUGAAACAGAUAUUUUUCAUGCGAUUUUUGGGUUUCAUUUCACGAGUUAGAUCUCAAUCGAUAUUUCCAACCUUGUUCUCAUGCAAUCAACGUCAAUUUUAUUUUGAUUGGAUCUGAAUGACGUGGAUAAUUUAAACAUUCUAUAAACGAAAUGAAAGAAAAAAAACACACCAAUAUAAAUAACUCAUGAAAAUGAUAAUUCAGACGCUCUACAGAUGUAAUGCAUCUCAAAUGAAGUCGAUAGAUAUUUGAAUUAACCCCUUUAUCCACUUGAUUUGAGAUCAAUGUGAAGUGUGGACCCAUUGAGACAAUAUAUAGUACGAACGUAAAUUUUAAGGAAUUUCGAAUGUAGAUUGUAGAAUAGAUUUUGUGCAAUUUCCGUGCUUUCCACCAUACACUGAGAAAACUAACCAAUUUCACUGAAAUUAUAUGAUAGGAAAUAAAAAUGUUCACCUAAAACCAGAGAAUGUCUACACAUAGAUUUAUUCAAAUAAAUUAAAAAUAUCAAAAAAAAUUAUCGGUUGUUGUAACGCUUCUGCAGUACAAAGUUCAUAUUCCUUUCUGGGUGCCAAGUCAAUUUUGCUGAAUUCGUCUGGGAUCAGCCUCAAAUUUGACUUGGCAAGGAAUAUGAAUUUUGUACUGCAAAUGCGUUAAAACAUCGUAACGCAUGAAAAAUAUCGAUAAAUUUUAUUGAUUUUUUUAAUUUAUUUGAAUAAAUCUAUGUGCAGAUAUUCUCUGCCUAAAACUUAAGAUUUUGCUUGGAUUGUUCGAUAUACUAAUAUAAAUAGACACACUUUAUUCAACAAAACAAACCAAAGUAGUUUCGUUGAAUGCGAUCACGAAAGAUAUCGAUAAGCAAGUCGACCUGCCCAUUAGGUGCGACAGUUGUUGCGUUAGGUCUUAAUUACCUAUUACGACCUGGUAGUUUUGAUCGUAUUUAAGUCUUAAACCAAAGGUUUUCUACAGAAAUUAGUUUGUCGCGACCGUAUCGAUGUGCGAUAAAAUCUUUCCGAAUGAAAUUCGAACGUUUGCUUUUGCUUUUUUUUUAAAUGACUACAUUUGGACAGGCUUUAUUGCACUCUGUAUCGGUGCGAUUGACUACAUUUAAAUAGAUCAAAUAUUGUUUAUUUAUUAUUCUUCUUCACCAAGAUUCUCAAAUGCUAACAAUUUUCUCUAUUGUUUGUUAUUCAACAUCACUUCUCCGUGUUCAAAUGAUAUAACAUUAGAGUUUUCCAUAGAAUCCAAGCGAAAUUUUAUCAUCCGAACAUUAUUAUGAUUCGGUAGCUAGUUAACGAAUUGUAUGAGAUAGAUUUUGAUCGUAUUUAUAACGAAUGAUUUUGAUUGUAUUUAAAACGAAGUGAAGAAAAAAAAUAAUUGAGAAAUAAAUAAACGUGUAAAUUUGAAAUCGA